UAUUUAACUAUAGCCAGUACAGCUAUAACAUGGAGGACUCGACUGAGGAUCCAGAUGAAUCUAGUUCAGGUACAGUCUCUGAAGCCACCUCCAGUGAAGAGUCAUCUGAGAACUCAAAUGCAGGAGAAAGAAGGGCCAGAAGCCAGAAACAAAGAUUUCGUCGUCCAGCGAAAGGCACCGCACAUGAAAACCUGCCCGAUAUAAUGAACACAGUUCAAUCUGUGCUUGAAGAAAACUCAGAAGACAAGAAGAAAGGAAGAAAACGCACCAUAUUGGUCUUUUACUACCGGCAGAAUGGUAAAAAGAAACAAAAUCAAAAAAAGAAGAAAGAACAGGUACCAAAAAGAUCUCGGAAUUCAAAUAGUGACUCACCUCUACCUGGAACAUCCCAAGACCCAGGACCCUCUCAAUGCUCUAUUCCAAAACGAGUGCGAAAGUGGUUUUUUCAGUAGAGACCGGUCACUUCACCCUUACAUGAAAAUGUUUGGGCAUUGUUGAUUAAACUGUAAUAAAAUACCUUGUGGAAAUGAAAAACAA